AUGUAUGAUGUAAUAAAUUGUAGGCAAAACUGCAACGGGUGUAUACAUAAUGUAAACGAAAUUAAAAAAAAGCUGCACAGAUUACAAAACGUGGCAUUGUCAACUAGAAAAAAAAAAAAUCCGCGUAACACGAUAAAAAGUAAAAUUCUGAAAACGAGAAAAAGGAAAAGGGACUAUGAUGAAGUGUAUAAGGACUAUCUGAACCAACCACACCUUCCUUACGAUGAAGACAAAAAAGGAGGCGGACAACAUAAAUGUUAUGCUUGUGACAUUUAUUUUAUAAAUGACGAUGCAAAGAAACAACACGAAAAGACGAAGAAACACAAGAGAAGGGUGAAGAUGCUGAACUCGGAAACUCCUUAUACUUAUAAGGACGCUCUGAAGGCUGCUGAAAUUUCUAUUUAA